AUGGCACCAACCUUCAACUUCGAGACCGAGGCCAGCGAGCUUGUGGCACAUUGUGCACCCCAAAUUGAGGGAAAGAUCAUUGUGAUCACAGGUCCCUCGCCGGGUAGCCUUGGAGAGAGUUUCGUCAAGCAAGUCGCUUGCCCAACUGUCAUCGUCAAGUCCCUCGCCCUCAACCUCCUCUCCUUCGCCGACGUCCGCAAAGCCGCUGAGACACUCAACUCCUGGGCUGAUGUGCCUCAUGUCGAUGUCCUGGUCAACAACGCCGGCAUCAUGGCUGUACCGUACCAGCUGACCGAGGACGGGUUCGAAAGCCAGUUUCAGACAAACCAUCUGAGCCACUUCCUCUUCACCAACCUCAUCAUGGACAAAAUCCUGGCGUCAAAGGCCCCACGCGUCGUCUUCGUCUCCAGCCACGUGCACCGCAUCGGCCAUAUCCGCUGGACGGAUUACAACUUCAACGAGGGCAAGCAUUACCAGCGCUGGCUGUCGUACGGCCAGUCGAAGACGGCCAAUGCGCUGACGGCCCUCGCGCUCGCCGAGAGGCUCGGGUCCAAGGGGGUUCUCUGCUUCGCGCUGUGCCCCGGCGUGAUCUUGACCAACCUAGCAGCCCAUGGCCCCGACGACCAAGCCUCCUUUGCUGCGGACCUGACCAGCAUGGACAAUGUGCACGGCAACAAGUCGUUGUGGGGCAUGGCCGACAUGAAAUUCAAGACCUUGGACCAGGGCGCUGCGACUCACGUGUUCGCUCCGGUUGAUACCGGUAUCAAGAAGCACAACGGCUCGUUCUUGUCUGGUUGCCAUGUUGCGGAUCAGAACUUGGAAGAGGUCUAUUCUUGGGCGACUAGCAAGGCUGAUGCGGAGAGGCUGUGGGAGCUGAGCGAGGAGCUUGUUGGGCAAGAGUUCACGUUCUAA